AAAAUGCGUAUUUAAAAAAGGAUUAUAAAAGGGCGACGACUGUAGAAAGAAACCAUUGCUUCUUCAUCUUCUCCAAAACCAGUCCUCUCUCUCUCUCUCUCUGAUCAACAGUUUAGAGAUGGGGAAUUGUCAAGCAGUAGAUGCAGCUGCUUUAGUUAUACAACAUCCAUCAGGGAAGAUAGAGAGGAUGUAUUCGUCUGCAAGUGCUAGUGAGAUCAUGAAGAUGAAUCCAGGACAUUAUGUUUCUCUUAUAAUUCCCUUGCCUGGUGCCGAAACCCUAGAUAACUCCGGGAAUAAAACCGUUAAGUUCACCAGAGUUAAGCUUCUCCGGCCAACUGAUACACUUGUUCUAGGUCGCGCUUAUCGCCUCGUUACCUCUCAUGAAGUUAUGAAGGUAUUGAGAGCGAAAAGACAAGCGAAGAUGAAGAAGGAGCUGCCGGAAUCAAUGGCGGAAAAGGAAAAGGAUAACGAAGAAACAAGUUCCGAAAUGGAGAACUCAAGCGAGGUGACACAUGAAAGAAGAUACAGACAAAGGUCUGGAUCGUUUUCGAGGUCAAAAUCAUGGCGUCCUUCAUUGAAGAGUAUCUCCGAAGCUGCUAGCUAAUAGUUAAUCUAUGCUUCUAUGGCUUUCUAUUUCGAUCAACAAGAUCAAAUAAUGCAUCUGUAUAGUUCAGAAAAAAAAAAAUACGAGCAAUGACGCUAACCCAGAUAUGUAUUAAUUUUGAAGAAUAUAUAUAUUAGUAUGGAGUUCAAAGUUGCCUC